AUGGCUAUCACAACUCGUCAAGCUAAACGACGAAUUGGGUUAUGGUUAAAGAUGACAGCUGUAACAAUUUCGGGUCUUUGUUUUAUUUUUGUUUGGACUGUGCUUUCAUCUUCGUCUUCUUCUUCUGUUACUUUUCAAAGGGAAAGUUUUGAAGAUAUUCAAGAACCUGUUUCUUCUUCUUCUUCUUCAAGUGUUCAUAAACAAACAACACCCAGUGAACAAAAUCAUGUGGAAGAAUCAAAAGAUCAUAAAUUCAGUGAGAGUGGUGAGAAAAAGGUUAAUGGGUCAUCUUCUAUUCAUUCUUCCACGCGCCCUCGUGAGAAAGAAGCGGCGCGUGAGAAGAAACACGCGCAUAAUAAAGAGAAUGUGAGUCAAGGGUCAUUGGAGAAAGAGAAAGAAGAGGAGGGUGAAGAAGAAGAAGAAAGAUUGGAAUUGGAUCAUGAGAGUGAUGAAUCUGUGGAUGGAGACUCUGAGGUGUUGGAAGAUGAAAACAUGGAAGAGUUGAAGAAAACAAAGAAAGGAAAAGUGAAAGGGCCUUUGUUUGAUUCAAAUGUUAACUAUAGGUGGAAAAUGUGCAAUGCUAGAAGCAAGCAUAACUACAUUCCUUGCAUUGAUAUUGAAGUUGGUGGUGGAAAGGUGCAGAGUUACCGGCAUUCGGAGAGGAGUUGUCCGAGGACACCUUUCAUGUGUAUGGUUCCUCUUCCUCUUGAAGGGUAUAAGUCUCAAGUUCCAUGGCCUGAGAGUAAAUUGAAGAUAUUGUAUAAGAAUGUUGCGCAUCCGAAACUAUCUGCAUAUAUAAAAAAGCAUAAUUGGUUGGUGGAUUCGGGUGAAUAUCUUACUUUCCCUCAAAACCAGACUGAAUUUUUGGGAGGGAUUCAGCACUAUCUUGAGUUCAUUGAAGAGAUGGUACCAGACAUUGAGUGGGGUAAAAAUAUUCGUGUUGUCCUCGACAUUGCAUGCACGGAUUCAAGCUUUGCAGCUGCUCUCCUUGAUAAGGAUGUUUUAACAUUGUCACUUGGUUUGAAAGAUGACCUAGUCGACUUAGCUCAGGUGGCACUCGAGCGAGGCUUCCCAACCUUAGUUAGCCCUUUUGCUAGAAGGAGACUUCCUUUUCCAAGUCAAGUUUUUGACGCAAUACACUGUUCGCGUUGCCGUAUACCUUGGCAUUCCAAUGGGGGUAAGCUUCUAUUGGAGAUGAAUCGGAUUAUAAGACCCGGCGGAUACUUCAUUAUGUCAACUAAACAUGAUAGCAUUGAAGAAGAAGAAGCCAUGACAGCGAUGAUAGCGUCUAUAUGCUGGAAUGUUCUGGCACAUAAAAGCUAUGAUGUUGGUGAAGUUGAAGUAAGAAUAUAUCAAAAGCCUGAAGGAAAUGACUUAUACGAAUUGAGAAGGAAGAAGAUCCCACCGAUUUGCAAAGAAAACGAAAAUCCUGAUGCAGCCUGGCAUGUUCCAAUCAAGACUUGUUUGCACACCAUUCCAAUUGGAAUUGAACAACAUGGGGCAGAGUGGCCUGAGGAAUGGCCGAAGAGGCUCGAAACUUAUCCAGACUGGAUAAGCAAUAAAGAGAAAUUGAUCGCGGACACCAACCACUGGAAUGCAAUUGUUAACAAAUCAUAUCUUAAUGGAAUGGGCAUUAACUGGGCAAAUAUCAGGAAUGUAUUGGACAUGAGAUCCAUCUAUGGAGGAUUGGCUGCAGCUCUAUCUAAACAGAACGUUUGGGUGAUGAAUGUAGUCCCUGUUCAUCAACCGGAUACACUUCCCAUAAUAUUCGAACGUGGAUUUUUUGGUGUCUAUCACGAUUGGUGCGAGUCGUUCGGUACUUAUCCAAGAACAUAUGACCUUCUGCAUGUUGAUCAUCUGUUCUCACGCCUCAAAAACAGAUGCAAGCAGCCUGUGUCGAUUGUUGUUGAGAUGGAUCGUAUCUUACGGCCGGGCGGGUUGACAAUCAUUCGCGACAAAGUUGAAAUUCUAAAUUCAUUGGAGGAAAUACUGAGAAGUAUGCAUUGGGAGAUCAGAAUGACUUUCCACCAGGAAAGAGAGGGAAUCAUAUGUGCACAGAAAACUACAUGGAGGCCUUGA